AUGUUACGUUAUUCUUUCUUUCUUUUUUCUUUCUUUCUUUCUUUCUUUCUUUCUUUCUUUCUUUCUUUCUUUAUUAAUAUCUUUGUUUCUUUCCUUGCUUCCACUUCUAUGUUUACGUUAUUCUUUUCUUUCUUUCUUUCUUUCUUUCUUUCUUUCUUUCUUUUCUUUCUUUCUUUCGUUCCUUUCUGCCUUCCUUCCUUACAACUCUUUUUCUAUCACUUUUCUUUUAGUUUAUUAAUAUCUUUGUUUCUUUCCUUGCUUCCACUUCUAUGUUACGUUAUUCUUUCUUUCUUUCUUUCUUUCUUUCUUUCUUUCUUUCUUUCUUUCUUUCUUUCUUUCGUUCCUUUCUACCUUCCUUCCUUACAACUCUUUUUUCUAUCACUUUUCUUUAGUUUAUUAAUAUCUUUGUUUCUUUCCUUGCUUCCACUUCUAUGUUACGUUAUUCUUUCUUUUCUUUUUUCUUUCUUUCUUUCUUUCUUUUUUCUUUCUUUCUUUCUUUCUUUCGUUCCUUUCUCCUUCCUUCCUUACAACUCUUUUUUUUCUAUCACUUUUCUUUAUUAUUCUUUCUUUCUUUUCUUUCUUUUCUUUCUUUCUUUCUUUUUUUUUCUUUCUUUCUUUAUUAAUAUCUUUGUUUCUUUCCUUGCUUCCACUUCUAUGUUACGUUAUUCUUUCUUUCUUUCUUUCUUUCUUUUUUCUUUCUUUCUUUCUUUCUUUCUUUCUUUCUUUCGUUCCUUUCUACCUUCCUUCCUUACUCUUUUUUUUCUAUCACUUUUCUUUAGUUUAUUAAUAUCUUUGUUUCUUUCCUUGCUUCCCUUCUAUGUUACGUUAUUCUUUCUUUCUUUCUUUCUUUCUUUCUUUCUUUCUUUCUUUCUUUCUUUCUUUCGUUUCUUUCUACCUUCCUUCCUUACAACUCUUUUUUUUAUCACUUUUCUUUGGUUUUAUAAUAUCUUUGUUUCUUUCCUUGCUUCCACUUCUAUGUUACGUUAUUCUUUCUUUCUUUCUUUCUUUCUUUCUUUCUUUCUUUCUUUCUUUCUUUCUUUCUUUCGUUUCCUUUCUACCUUCCUUCCUUACAACUCUUUUUUUCUAUCACUUUUCUUUAGUUUAUUAAUAUCUUUGUUUCUUUCCUUGCUUCCACUUCUAUGUUACGUUAUUCUUUCUUUCUUUCUUUCUUUCUUUCUUUCUUUCUUUCUUUCUUUUCUUUCUUUCGUUCCUUUCUACCUUCCUUCCUUACAACUCUUUUUUCUAUUUUUCUUUAGUUUAUUAAUAUCUUUGUUUCUUUCCUUGCUUCCACUUCUAUGUUACGUUAUUCUUUCUUUCUUUCUUUCUUUCUUUCUUUCUUUCUUUCUUUCUUUCUUUCUUUCUUUCUUUAUUAAUAUCUUUGUUUCUUUCCUUGCUUCCACUUCUAUGUUACGUUAUUCUUUCUUUCUUUCUUUCUUUCUUUCUUUCUUUCUUUCUUUCUUUCUUUCUUUCUUUAUUAAUAUCUUUGUUUCUUUCCUUGCUUCCACUUCUAUGUUACGUUAUUCUUUCUUUCUUUCUUUCUUUUCUUUCUUUCUUUCUUUCUUUCUUUCUUUUCUUUCGUUCCUUUCUACCUUCCCUUCCUUACAACUCUUUUUUCUAUCACUUUUCUUUAGUUUAUUAAUAUCUUUGUUUCUUUCCUUGCUUCCCACUUCUAUGUUACGUUGUUCUUUCUUUCUUUCUUUCUUUCUUUCUUUCUUUCUUUCUUUUCUUUCUUUCUUUCGUUCCUUUCUACCUUCCUUCCUUACAACUCUUUUUUCUAUCACUUUUCUUUAG